ACUGCUCCGUGAAACACGUAUGCGGUCUGCGGUCGUCAUAUCGUGUAUAUUACAGGGCGAGUUUGAGCUAGAAGAGUCGAGCGACUUCCUCGGAGCAGCCUGUGCGGAUCGUUUUGCCUUACUCAUGCACUAUUGAAAAGACGAUCGGCCGUGUCGACAAGUUCGACAAGCCGAAGCGACUUGUUCGCGUCUGUGGCGGUCGAGCAUUUGACGGUCGCCGUGACGUGCGGCCGCUCUCGUGACUCAUCCCGUACGAGAUAUACACGCGUCUGAUACGAGACGCUGCCGCAUUAAAGUAGCCAAAAUACAAAAAUUGCAUAUAAUAGAUCCGCCGUUAUAGACAUAGACGUGUAUGCGCAAGAGAUAUUUCUGAUGUGACAUCUGCAUACGUGACACGUAUAUACAAUCGCCGCCGAGGAGAUCGCACAGGCGUGUUUGUAUGCGCACUUCAAGCCGCGAGCGAGAAGCCUCGAACACCUCUCGGAUCUCUUUUGCAUGGUGCAUACAUUGUAAGAAAACAUGCCUCUGUUUGGAAAGUCCCAGAAGAGUCCAGCGGAGGUGGUGAAGGCUCUCAAGGAAGCGGUAAACGCGUUGGAACGUGGCGACAAGAAGGUAGAGAAGGCGCAAGAAGAUGUGAGCAAGAAUCUUGUACACAUAAAAAACAUGCUAUACGGAACGGCCGAGACGGAACCGCAGGCUGACAUCGUGGUGGCACAGUUGGCACAGGAAUUAUACAACAGCAAUCUGCUACUUCUGCUUGUGCAAAAUCUAAGUCGCAUCGACUUCGAGGGGAAGAAGGAUGUGGCACAGGUCUUCAAUAACAUUCUGCGGAGACAAAUUGGAACUAGAUCACCCACUGUAGAAUACAUAUGUACUAAACCUGAAAUUCUUUUUACACUUAUGUCUGGCUACGAGCAUCAAGACAUUGCACUCAACUGUGGCACCAUGUUGCGAGAAUGUGCGAGAUACGAAGCACUGGCGAAAAUUAUGAUCUAUUCAGACGACUUUUACAAUUUCUUCAGAUACGUCGAGGUCUCUACGUUUGAUAUCGCAUCGGACGCUUUCUCUACAUUUAAAGAAUUACUUACAAGGCACAAAAUACUCAGCGCUGAAUUUUUAGAGAUACAUUACGAUAAAGUUUUCUCGCACUAUCAAAGGUUACUCAAUUCAGAAAAUUAUGUAACAAGACGACAGAGUUUAAAACUGUUGGGCGAGCUAUUGCUAGAUAGACACAAUUUUACAGUCAUGACCCGAUAUAUAUCGAAUCCAGAUAAUUUGAAGUUAAUGAUGAAUAUGCUGAAAGAAAAGUCUCGCAAUAUACAGUUUGAAGCUUUCCACGUUUUCAAGGUAUUUGUAGCAAAUCCCAAUAAACCGAAACCCAUUCUGGAUAUAUUGCUCCGCAAUCAGGAGAAGCUGAUCGAGUUCCUGACGCGCUUCCACACGGAUCGUUCCGAGGAUGAACAAUUCAAUGACGAGAAGGCAUAUCUGAUUAAGCAGAUCAAAGAACUUAAACUCACUUUGAUGGUGUAUUUUCUUGUGUAGUCGUGCUUCGUCAGAGUGAUCAGGAUACUGCAUGCUCGCAAACAGACUUUCAUCCAUGGUACUGAUCUGUUGUUCUGCGCUAUUAUAUUGUAAAUGUCAUCGGCCAAAUUCAGCUCGCAGAGGAUGAUGCAAACGGUCGGUGAUAAUUUCGUUAUAGUAUCUAUGAAGGACAAAUUAUUCACAUAUCAUUUUUAUAUAUCAUUUUCAUUGAGACUGCCGAGUCAUCAGAUUACUUAAGGAAACAAUAGUGUAUAUAUAUAAAAUAAAAAUAGAAUUUUAGAUUAA